UUUGAACGUUCAGACACUUCUCCCUUAGCGUGUUUGAAAGGGGUUUGUUUUGUGUAAACGCCUUCUUCUUCAGCAAGAAUCCAUAAAGUUUUAAAUCGAUUCUGUUUCUAUUGAUGGGUUUAUUGUGGUCCUCGAGAGAGUUGCGUGUUUGAUGGAGAGCGCGAAACACUAUGUACGCUUUCCGUCAGGCAGAGUUGGUUGGUAAGCGCUUUUUGUGUGUCCGGGAGAAAAAUACUCUUCGCCCAAACUCUCGAUCAAGGCGUGUGGCAAACCCUUUGGACUAUCAGUGGAAAGUUGGAGUAAUCAGGGUUUGCAGCGAAAAGGAUUUCAAUCAUCCAGAGCUAAAGGUCUUAGUUGAGUAUGACGAUGAAGAAUGGACAACUAGGGAAUGGCUUAAAAUUCAUGAUGGAAGCUGGAGGUUAUUUUUGGUGGAAAAGAGCAUGGUAUGGAGUCAGAGACCAGACCCCUCCAAUCCAAAGAGACCUCUCCUUUGGCCAGCUUUGACAUUUGUCCCCCUUGUUGAUAAACAUGGUUUGAGUGAUGAAGAACGGCCUGUUCCAGUGGAGUUUGUGGGGGACCAUGAAAGAGCAUUCUUGCGGAGUGAUGAGUUCCGUCCAUAUGGUCAGGAUGAUGAUGCCCUCCAUCCAGUCCUAAGAAAUAAUGUGGCUGUAGUACGUGAACUGCAAGGAUGGCAGCUCUUGCAGAAGUCUCAGUCAAUUCUUAUGAAAGGUCCCUUCACCUUAACUGGUUUUAGAGUCAAAGUUUACAGGCAAAGCUGCCGGCAGUGGUUUUCAGCUGUAAUAACAGCACAUGACAUUGUUUCCAGGGAGUUAAGUGUAAUGGAUGACACAGUAUUGCAGACUCACAGAGUUGAUCCAACACUUGUCCAAGUUAUUCUUCUGGCAAAUGAGGCAGAACUAGAUAGUUUGUUGCGAGGGGAGCUAAACGUAGUGCGAGUUUUGCCAAUGAGACAACACCGCCACUCACAAGUUGUUAUCACUGCUCCUUUGACAACACACUCAACAUCUGGUUCUCUUUCUUCAUCACCAUCGACAUGGCAGUUGUAUUCUGGAUUAUCACAAGACAAUAACACAAACAACCUGGCAAAUAUCACGACACCAGUUUACCAAUCAGCUUUAGCUUCCACAAGUGCUAGAUUGAACACUGCAUGUUCAUCCUCUAACUCACAUGGGAUAAGGCAUGGCAAAGAGAGGAGAAAGUCCACUGAAACAAGAAAUAGGACACCUUCUGCUUGCAAAAUUACAAGGUCAAACUCAAACAGCCCAGUUCCAUCCAACGAUACUCUUAAACCAGCAUCACAAACACCUCAGUCAUCUUUCACAUCUUCAGUGGCCACUCCCCUGAUGUCAAACCAUCUAACAGCACCUCACUCACAUAACCAACUCAGCAACAAGACUUCACCCCCAGAUGCAACUAUUUCUCCUGCAAAGAACUCUAGUUCCUCAAGUUCUGUUGGAUCACCUCCAUCAAGUUUUCCAAAGAAAUCACCUCUUAAACAACAAAUGUCACCAAAAACAUCACCACCAUCAGUGUUAUCUUAUAAUUCUUCACCUGCCUCCAAUGCUAGCAUGAGUGCUAUGGGUAGUCCCUUUAGAGCCCAUCCAUUCUGUUCUUCUCCUGAUUUAUCAUCUGUGGCAAGCAUGGCAAGUCCUAUGGCUGGAAUAUCCCACAUGGGCAUGUGUUCUCCAGGUCAUGCAGCACAUUCAAGAUCACAAGGUCCUCAUCCUCUCUACCCACAUACCAUGGGACUUAACAUCUCACCCAAUCAGCUAUAUGCAUUGCAAUGCCAACAGCAGCAGCAAAUGCCAGCACAAGAGCAGCAGGAGUAUCUCACCAAGUUGCGGCAUCAGCACUACCAAAGUCUGCUACAACAGUAUCAGAUGCACUGUUAUCAACUUCAACUGAUGGUACAGCAACAAGAGCUCAUCCAGCAGAUGCCACUCACUGCAGAACAACAGCAUAUUCUAGCAGAACACUACAACCAGCUCCUUUAUCAAUUUCAAUGUGCACAGAUCUUUCAGCAGUUAGCAGCUGUCACUCAAGAGGAGCAGUUGUCUAACUUUCAUUCUGUUGAGGGUGACAUUCACUCUCUUCCGGAAAGGAUACAGCAGCGACUGCGAGAAGCACAGCAACAACAGAAACAGUGGUUGCAGGAACUCACACCUAGGCUUGAGCCAAAGCAGCUGCACACACUUUUCACAUGUUUACAACAGAAGAGUAUGACAGCCAAGGAAAUAGAACAGCUUUACUCUUUACUGCUACAGCAACAACAAGAGCAGAAAAGACUAACACAUGCACAGAGGGAGACGCCAGAGUGCGAACAACAGAAGCAGAAACUACAGCAAUGUCAUCAGCAAUAUCAGGAACAUUUACAGAAAUUUCUCCAAUUACCGAAAUCCCCAUCCUCAACUCAAGUUGUUGAAACUAAGCAGGAACCCAAGCAGGAACCUAAGCCGGAGGCAUCGUGCAGCAGUUCCUCGCCUUCACGAAAUGCCUCGCCAUCAACUCUCUCGCCAUCACCAAGUUCAUCGACAUUCACCGUACACCAUUUACCCAGCGUAAAAGAAAAAGCUUCUUCUCCAAAAGGCAUCAGUGAAGAUAAAUCUGAAAAUGAACCAAGUGCAGGGGUAUCCUCUUCCGAGAGUCCGAAGCUUACUGAAAGCAAAAAUGUGGAGGAGAUAGAGUUGACAUCUACUACAACAACUGGAGAUGGGCAGUCUCUUCUCGAGAAAUUGUUGCAACAUCACUUGAAGGCUGUGGAGAAUAACAGAAAAGAAUCGUCAACAAAGACAAAGAAAUCGAAAGUUGAAGAAAAGAGGGGUAAACGGCGAAGGAGGUCAACAGAAUCCAAGGAUGAUAGUCUGGCUCAAAGAGACAGCGAGAUGAUAAAACGUUCUCCUUCAGUUUCUUUCUCGUCUGAAGGAGAUUCCACGAAUGUCAUUUCAUCAUCAUUAACAGUCGGGGAUGGCCCAAAUUCGUCUUCAAAUAAAUUAUCUCUCGAAAAAAGGGAAGAGGUCCUCAAUAAUAAAAAUUUUCAUAAAAAUUCAAGUUUUGGUGAGGUGGACAACAAUCACGGAAAAGAAAGAAGUGAUAUGGCGGUCACUAUCAAAGAGGGCGAUAAAACAGCUUUAAAGACAGAAGGGGAAACAUCUGCAUCAGAAAAAGAGAGAAAUAGUGGUAAGAGUAAACCAAAUGAACAGCCAGCUGAUACACGAAAAGGAGUCUUCUAUGAGGAUGCUGCACCAUGGAUCCCAGAUGAGGCAACUCAUGAUGUGCCUCAGACAGUCAGACUAAGCGGCAAUGUAACUGAGUCUAUAGAAAGUUUCACUGGCGCUCGGAAGGAUUUCAAAAAAGAAUCAUCAACGGUCUUAGGUGGGAGGGGUUCAGGGGAAAUGUUUGUUAAUGACACAACAUCUAAAAAUCCGAACAUUGUAACUUUAGAGGGAGGAAAGAUGGUGGCACAAGGGAGAAACGACCCCAUUGUCCCUAAAGUCAGUUCCACUAACGAUAAGAAAGAGAUGAUUCAAGGGACAACAGUAAAGAUUUCAAAGAAGGGAUCUACAAAGAGUCCAAGUAAAGACUCUUCAAAUGUACAAUCGUUGAGUUCCAGCUGUAAUAGCGCUACUGAUUUAGGUACGCCUUCCGUGAACGUUAAGGACAGGAAGGACUCGGAGCGAAUGGAUGUUGAGAGCAAGGAGAUCGAUACCUCUGUUGCAAAACAGAAACCCUCCUUGAGUUCAGAAGUGGCGCCUUUGUUCACGAAAAGUUUUCUCUCGAUGUCAUCUUCAAAUUCGGCUGACCAUAAUGGGGAGUUAUUUAGUGGCGAAGGACUUAAAACGUAUUUAAGAAAAGUCACUCCUAAUAAACGGAAAUUGGGCACGGAAGAUAACUUUGUAGAGGACAAUUCAAUUGCGAAAAAAGCUUUGACGAUGGGCAACAAGGAAUCACCUGAGACUGACCGCUUGAAAGAUAUCAUUCCUAACAACAGCAAAGUAGAACUUGCCAAAAGAUUAAACAAAAAGUUUGCAAAUUCGCAUCUGGAGGAAAAAACUGUACAAAGUCAACCCCAACUCAGUGUUUCUUCGUCAGAAAGGACUAAAGCUUCGAGGAAAAACUCAGCUGAUGCAAACAACGUGCUAACGAAGAAAUCAAGGCGGGAGGAAAUCAUGUCCUCUGACGUUGAUGACGCUCGAGAUAAGACUGAUGUAAAACUGCAACUCAAAGAUAACAUUACAAGGGAGGAAGAUAAAAAUCGUGUGGAUUCUGUAAGUUUUGUUGCUGAUCAAGUUGUUAAUGAAAUAUCGAUAAAUCAUAGCCCGACUGCGAAAGAUGCGCCGGGCGACCAAUUUGGGGCUGUUAAGGUGAACUCUGAAAGACAAAACAGCAGAAGUAAAGAGAGAAUCAGGGAGAUCACGAGCAAGAAAAAAGAGUUAAAAUCAAGAGAGGAGAGGAAUAAAGAGAGACAGCAAAGAGGUGUUGGUUUACCCUCUGUUUGUGUUAAAGAACCAGAUACUGCAGACAGUCUUGAAACAGUGGUGGAUUCAGUACUAGACGAAGAAAUUGCUCUUAUUUAUAAAGCGGAUGAAGAACAAGACAAUGAGAGUUUGUUGGCAACCUCUGAGACUAAUACUAUAGCAGUUAAAACUGAAGAAAGACCGGUAACACCUGUAAAAGAGAAAGAGAAGGAAAAAGGGAAAGGAGUAACCGUCAGUUCUGGAAAGGAAGCUGCGCCACCGAGGGGACGAGGACGACCGAGAAAAAAGGAAGUUAAGAAAAUCGUAGAUGAAAGCGAUUCGACUUCACCGAGCUCAGAACAAUACUUUUUGCAGGACCGAAUUUGUGCCAGUUUACCUGACCUGCCUAAGUGUAGAGAUUGCAGAGAGCACCCCAGUCAGAGGAAUGGAUUGGAUUGCUGUAGAUUUAACUCGUUCAGAAGGUUGAGAAAGAAGAAAAAUGGCACCAUCUUAUCGGCUGGUUUCCAGCUGCCCGAAGAUGCCGCUGCAGAAGACUUUUUACCUUGGGUAGCACAGGACAAAGUCGACAGGCUCGACAAGAAGACUUCUCUUUACAUCUUAUAUAAUAUCGGAGAUCAAUUUUGCUCCGUGAUGCAGGAAGAAAAGAAGGCGAUUACUUGUGUGGAAACAGAUGGUAAACAAGUGACUGUGGCAUACAAACGAGCUGUUCAAGGUGUAAGGGAAAUGUGUGAUGUGUGUGCGACAACUAUUUUCAACGUACACUGGGUGUGCCACAGGUGUGGGUUCGGUGUGUGCCUGGAUUGCUACAAGCUUCGUGUUCAGGAACGAGAGAGGCAGUCUGGCCUUGCUGGGAAGCGAGUGUUUGAAUUCAAGUGGGUUAUGUGCUGUCCGGGAAUUUGUCACCAGCCAAAGUUCUUAUCUGUGGCGCAGAUUAUUCCUAAAACAGUCUUAUCUGACCUUGGAGACGAACUGCACAGAGCCAGAGAAGUAUGGAAGAUUAGCAAAACAUGCCCAUGUGAGGAGAUCGAUGACGAUGACGAGGACAAUGAUGAUGCUACGGAAACUGGACUCUCCAAUGAGGAGUUGACCCAGGUUGAAGAAAAUGGCGUUGAUGCUUGCAAAGAAACAAGCGACACCAUUGUGAAAACGGAACCUUUGUCCAUUUCUUCGAGCCAAACAGCGGGUGCAGGAGAUAGCGAGUCCAGUUUUGAGGAUGACGUCAACCUGAUCUGCGAUGAAAGUUUGGGCAUUGACUCGCCGGCUGACCAAGAGCAGGAGUGGCUUACCGAAGAAAAGCGAAGAAAUCACUUUUACAAGAAGGCUGGGUUUGGUCUAGUCGAAGCCAAGCCGCAGAAGGCCAAGAAAGUCUCAUCUGGUUUAAGUUUGUUAAUGGAUUACAGCUCAUCGAGGGAAGUGUCUCCUUGCGACUCACCUGUCAAAGAUGUAAAACCCGCAGCAGGGAUGUUCAAUUUUUCAUUGGGUGGUAACGGCGGCAGUUUUUCUGGUCUGGAUCUUCUUGCUUUGGCCUGUGAGAGAAAUGGAGAGGAUUUCUCGAUGGAUAACACCUUCCGUUUGAACGCUGAGAGUAAGACGGAAAUGGAUACAACAAACUUCAACCCACUGAACAAACGGGAUGACAUCAGGACUACAGAUGUUCCCGGCCCAGUCGCCACAACUUGUGAAUCGACAAGUGCCGAAUAUUCUGAAGAGGUACGAAGCCACGCGGUCGCCCCAGUCCUGGACUCACCCGAGGCUGUACCCCAUUCUUGGUUGUGCGAUGGCCGUUUGUUGAGACUCCACGAUCCCAGACAUCCAGGAAACUUGAAAGCUUUUGAGGCUCGGUGGAAAAAGGGCGAGCCUGUUCUGGUCAGCCAAGUGGACAAAUACUUGAACCUGGAUAUUUGGUCUCCAAAAGCAUUUGGCGAGGAGUUUGGUUCUGAAAUUUCUGAUGUAGUGAACUGCAGGAAUGGAGUGGUGGUCGAGCGCUUUAAAGUUGGUGAUUUUUGGCAGGGAUUUGAGAGCAUAAAAGAUCGUCCUUUGGAUAGCAAUGGCGAACCAAUGCUGUUAAAACUCAAGGACUGGCCACCGAAAGACGACUUUAGUGAAAAGCUGCCCACCCGGUUUGAAGAUCUGAUGAACAAUGUCCCUUUACCAGAAUACACAAGGAGAGAUGGCUCACGAAAUUUAGUCUCGAGGUUACCAGACUUCUUUGUCAAGCCAGAUUUAGGGCCAAAAAUGUACAACGCGUAUGGUUCCGCAGCAUGUCCUAAGGAAGGAACAACGAACCUUCAUCUGGAUAUGUCAGAUGCUGUUAAUAUCAUGGUGUACGUUGGAGUGCCGAAAGAUGAAGGCGCCGGUGAUAAGGAAAGACAAGAUGCCAUCAGAGCAGUGGACGAAGCGUGUGACGAGUCUCAGAGGACACGAGUCCGGAAUGAAACAGCCAGAAUUGGGGCUCUGUGGCACAUCUAUGCAGCAGAAGAUGCGGAUAAGAUCAGGGAUUGUCUCCGCGCGGUGGCCAAAGAACGGAAGAUGAAAUAUUCCGCUCAUCACGACCCCAUACACGAUCAGUGUUUUUACCUGGAUCAUGAAAUCAGACAGAGACUGAAAGGGGAAUAUGGAGUGGAAGGCUGGGCGAUCUGUCAGUGCCUGGGUGAUUCUGUGUUCAUUCCAGCUGGAGCCCCUCAUCAGGUUCGAAAUCUCUAUAGCUGCGUUAAGGUGGCUGAGGACUUUGUUUCUCCAGAGCGUAUUGAUCACUGUUUCCGGAUGACUCAAGAGUUUCGUCACCUGUCAGACAAACACACAAACCACGAGGACAAGCUACAGGUUAAGAACAUCAUCUUCCAUGCAGUGAAGGACGCUCUUCAUUCCCUUAAAUAUCACGAACAAGAAAUCACCGACAAAACACAGAAUUCAUCGGAUGGAAUACACUGAAUCUUUAAUGUUAAGUUUUACUAUCUUUGUAUAGUUAAGCUUGCAAGUAUCGCUAAUCUGACAAAUAAGUUAUAACUAAGUUUUAACCUUUUCAUAUAUAUUCCGUCAAAGUUUAAAAUAGUUGCUAAGUGUUAUACGCUCUCCCUUCUAGUAAUAACUCUUAGAUUUUAAGCGAAAAAACAUAGUUUACUUUCAUCUCUAGCAUAUGGUAUUAUUAAACGCAGAAUAUGAGCGUAGCAGGACUUUCCAGACCCGCCUCUCGCCAGCCCGCUCAGCUCAAGGCUUCAUACUGUUACGCGGCGGAAAAACGCUGGUACCAAAGUACGCGGGCUUGCUGGCAGGUAGACUACUUGACUGCCAAACGAACAUUAGUUAUUUAAAAUUUGUAUUCAUCACACAUUUGCAUUAAUCCACGUUCGACUAGUAUUUUAUUCAUAAAAAGCACGCGAAUAUCUGGUUCUAAGUCAAUUUAUUCAGAGUGUGUCCAGAAUAUAUUAUGUUAUCUCAGAGUAUGAAAAGUACGCUUUAUCAAUAAUCUCAGUGUUCCAGAUUUGAAGUUAAAGCAGUAUAUAGAUAGGAGGAUGGACUUACUCCAAAACAAUGGUUGUAUUUUCAUUUUGUUUCUGUUGUAACUCCAUUCUUCCGUUAUUGUAGUUCAGUGUAGCAAAGAAUGACUUUCGUUUCCCGGAAGAAGAUUUCUCGCCGAACUUGUAGAUAUUCUUCCUUAGCUUAAAAGAACCAGUUGACAGUCAAAUUUUUUUUCACACUGAGAGUUAUUCCCUUGCUCUGCAACUCCAAAGACAUGAUUAGUGAUUCUCCUUUCCAGUCGCUAAACAUUUUCUUGCUAAUUAGUUAAGAGAAAUUUAUGUUUCAUCAGGAUGAAAUCCGCAAGCGGAUACUUUUGUCUUUUCUCAUCACCUGGUUCUUUAGAUAAUUUAUUGUAGUUGUAAGGAGAAAUUACAUGCAAGUCAGUUCUUGGAGUUGAAGGGUGUAAACCACCAAGGUGUUACGUCCAGUCAGAGGUGCUCUCCAAAUGUUUUUCAAUUUUAUCCGAGUUACCUUUUUUAUUCGUAAACUUACGUAUACUCUUGAUUUUUUGUCGUUUUCCUCUUUUUUUUUUUUUUU